AUGAACGAAGCUGCUUACCCACAGCGUUCAUGGGGCAACGGUCCCUAUGCCUCGGAGCCACAAGGCCGUCCGCUGUAUGCAAACACAAUGGCACCCCACCAUCCUCCACCAUCACAACAACAACAGCAGGAGGCGCUGUACGGACCACCGGGCAUGGGCUACCCUCCGCCCUCAACUAAUGUGCGGGGUAUGCCGCCAGCCUACCACCACAGAGGUAGUCCGGCUGCCGCAGGCUAUUAUGCCAGUGGCUACAUGGAACCGCAGCAGCAGCCUCCGCCACAGCCUGGUCCCAUGACGUCACCUAAUCCACGUGCUUGCUACCCCACUAACACUCCAUCCUCAAUGGACACUACUACCAACACCAGCGGCUACACCAGUCCUGGGACUGCAGGUCGGAUGGGCCUCGGUGACGACUUCAUGACUGGUGCGCCAGUACUUGACGCUGGGGCGAAACCAUCGGCCAAUCCUUCGACACCCACGUCGUCCGGUGCACCUCCCGACCACCGCUGGUUCUCGUCGGCCCAAAUGUGCCUGCCCUGA